CCGUGCCGCAGACGCAAACGGGGCGGUGGCCCCGGUUAAAGGAGAAACUUGACAGCGCCGCCGCCCGCUCCGCUCCGCGCCCGCUCCGCCGCCGCCAGCGCGCUCCGCUCCGCCGCGAUCUCUGCCUCCAGCACCGCCAAGAUGCUGCUGCUGCUGCUGGGGAUCAUCGUGCUGCACGUCACCGUGCUGGUGCUGCUCUUCGUCUCCACCAUCGUCAGUCAAUGGCUGGUGAACGGCGAGCAUGCGGCAGACCUGUGGCAGAACUGCACCACCGGCAGCCCCUUCCAGUGCCUGGCAUCCUCCUCCAACGAAUGGCUGCAGUCUGUCCAAGCAAUGAUGAUCCUCUCCGUCAUCUUCAGUGUGCUGUCGCUGUUCCUGUUCUUCUGCCAGCUCUUCACACUCACCAAGGGCGGCCGCUUCUACAUCACCGGAGUCUUCCAGAUCCUGGCGGGGCUGUGCGUGAUGAGCGGCGCUGCCAUCUUCACCGUGAGGCACACGGACUGGCACCAAGCCUCGGAAAACACCUCCUACGGCUUCGCCUACAUCCUGGCGUGGCUGGCCCUCCCCCUGGCCCUGGCCAGCGGCAUCGUCUACGUCAUCCUGCGGAAGCGCGAGUGACGCCGCGGGACGGGGCCGCGGCACCGUGACCUCCUCGCGGGACACGGGGGAGAAUAGACGAGAAAACGGAAAAGAAAAUUAACCAAAAAACCAAAAAAAAAGAAAAAGGAAUCAACCCUCCCAUCCAAACCAAACCCGACCGACCCCCAGAGGAAACACUCAAAGAGUUCCUUGUUAAUUGAAGAUGUAUAUAGUAUCUAUGGUUUAAAAAACCUAUUUAUAACACUUUUUACAUAUAUGUACAUAGUCUUGUUUGCUUCUGUUGACCAUGCGCUGUUUUAAAGCCUAAAGCAAGUGCCUAAGGAACUCUCACUCCUAACAGUGUAACAGAGCGCAGUGCUUUCUCUCUCAUGCAAAAUCCUCUUUGAGCUGACCUCUCCUGCCCUGUCCCGGCCCGUCAGAGCCCCCAGCUCUGGUUUUAGGCUGGCAUGGAUCAGCCACGCCUGGUUCCGCAGCCAGAGGGCUGGGCCCUGCUCCUGCCACAUGCUGUGAUCCACAGGGCACGUCCAGAUCUGAUCAAUCAGAUCAAUCAUAUCCUAUCUGAUUGGAAGCGGAGACGCUUCCAAAAGGUUUGAAGGAUUUCGGAGCAAAGGCUUUGAUUGCCUCAAGUGCCUAAAUGACUUAUGUGCCUAAGUCCCACUGCCUUGCCGCCACACCCGCGGGGAAUUUGGGCUUUUAAAUCACUUAGGCCAAGCUGCAGUCCAGCCUGGGCCCUCUUCCCUCGCGGGGCUGCCGGGGCUGGGCUGUGCCGAGCGCUGGGAGCUGCUGCUCCCAGCCUGGAACGUGCUCUGCCCCUGCCGUGGAGCUGAGCUGCCCUGCAAAGGCAGCCGGCCCAGCCUGUCCCUGAAAUCCAAUACCAGAUGUAUGAAAUGGUGCUAUCUAUUUACCAUUCCUUACCCUGCUACGCCAUUUAACCUUAGUCACUGGAAAUUCACUUAACGACCUUGAGGUAAACAACCAAGCUAGAAAUGAGAAAUAAUUCUGUGUAAUAUAAAUGAGCUAUAACUGCUUUUGUACUUAGAUUUGCUCUUACUAUUAUUUUUAAUAAAGCAUUUAUAACCAAGAUUCCUUUUUCCCCUCCGUGGUGCAGAGGAACAGAAGCAGCUCUGGCUGGAGCCCGUGGGGCUCUGGCACCGGAGCGAGAUGUGAGUCCUCUGUAUGUCAGCAACGAGUCUGGCCAUGAAUGGAACAGGCGCCAGCACAGACCCCAGGCUGCCUCUGAGGACUCCAGACACUGUUGCUUUUUUGUGGUUAAUCUUGGGGUUUUCUGGGGUUCUACCUUUUUUUUUUUUUUUUGCUUUGCUUUUCUGAUUUUAUACCGACUGUGUGGACUAAGAAGCAAUGAAAUAAAAGUCAGAAUAACUCA